AUAUUUCUAAGUGUUGUUUAUAUUGGCUUAAUGGUCGUCUCCAUUCCUGGCAAUUCAUUGAUUUUAUGGAUUACAAGCCAUCACCGACAUCUCCAGGCAUCGACUAACUUGCUAGUUUGCAAUUUAGCCUUGGCUAGCAUCUUGGUUGGGAUCUUACGCUUACCGUUUAUUAUAUUUGAGCUAUUAAAUUCUGAUAUUAGUUAUCCAUUUACUCAAUCUAUGUGUCAAUUUCAAGCGCUUAUAUCUACAGCAAGUAUCAUGUGUAUAUCUAUUACCUUAACAACGAUAUGUAUUGAUCGCUACAUUGUUAUCGUUCAUCCUCUAAAAUUCGGAUGGAAAUUAAGUAAAAAGAAAACUUAUAUCGCUAUUGCGAUGAGUUGGAUUAUUUCCCUGAUCUUUUUUGCACCAUAUACAAGCUUUAAUAUUCUUUAUCAGCCCAAUAUCACGAUAUAUUGCUUACCAUUUUGGCCUGAAACACCAUACGAUAUCAAUUUUACCCGCAUUUUAAGCAACGUUUCAUUGUGGGCUUGCUUCAUCAUUUUUGCUUUUCUUAUACCAUCAGCUGUAAUGACAGUUUUGUAUUCUAUAACAGCAAGAUUCUUAUGGUCAAGAACUGGUCCUGGAGAUAAAAUUACGACUGUAAGAGUUUCAGAAACUCGUCGACGCCUACAGCAAAAGCGUCGAGUAGUUGGAAUAUUAAUCGCUUGUUGUGUUAUUUUUAUUGGUGUUAAUUUACCAUACUAUUUCUUAUUUAUGCUACUGGACUUAGGUCAAAUAGUAAUUCCAAACGUCGGAUUUGUAGUUAACCUAUUAAUAUUGAUCAAUUUAUCGUGCAUUGUGUAUAAUCCAGUCAUUUACGGGUUCUUUAAUCCAAGUAUCCGA